AUGUUGAAGGUCGUCUUCCUGGCCGCCUUGGCCCUCGGCGCCCUCGCCGUCUCCUUCGAGGAGGAGGAGAACGUCAUCGUUCUCACCAAGGACAACUUCGAUGGUGUUAUCGAGGAGAACGAAUUCGUUCUCGCCGAGUUCUACGCCCCGUGGUGCGGCCACUGCAAGUCCCUCGCCCCUGAGUACGCCAAGGCCGCUACCCAGCUGAAGGAAGAAGGAUCUCCCAUCCGUCUCGCCAAGCUUGAUGCCACCGUUCACGGAGAGGUCGCCUCGAAGUUCGAGGUCCGUGGCUACCCCACCCUGAAGCUCUUCCGCAACGGCAAGCCUUCCGAGUACGGAGGUGGUCGCGACUCUGCCUCCAUCAUCGGAUGGCUCAAGAAGAAGACCGGACCCGUUGCCAAGACCCUCGAGAACGACAAGGACCUCAGCGAGCUCGUCGACUCUGCCGAUGUUGUCGUCGUCGGAUACUUCAAGGCCGCUGACAACGAGAAGGCCAAGGUCUUCCUCGAGGUCGCCGCCGGACUUGAUGAUGUGCCGUUCGGAAUCUCCACUGAUGACUCUGUCAAGAAGGAGCUCGAGCUGAAGGGAGAGGGCGUCGUCCUCCGCAAGAAGUUCGAUGAUGGAAAGGCCGUCUACGACGAGGAGCUCACCGCCGACAACCUGAAGACCUGGAUCCAGGCCAACCGCCUGCCCCUUGUCUCUGAAUUCACCCAGGAGACCGCCUCGGUCAUCUUCGGAGGAGAGAUCAAGUCCCACAAUCUGCUCUUCAUCUCCAAGGAGUCCGCCGAGUUCGAGAAGAUCGAGUCCGAGUUCAAGGCCGCCGCCAAGCAGUUCAAGGGCAAGGUCCUGUUCGUCUUCAUCAACACUGACGUCGAGGAUAACGCCCGCAUCAUGGAGUUCUUCGGACUGAAGAAGGACGAGCUCCCCGCCAUCCGCAUCAUCUCGCUCGAGGAGGACAUGACCAAGUUCAAGCCCGACUUCGAAGAGAUCAACACCGAGAACAUUGCCAAGUUCACCCAGACCUACAUCGACGGAGGACUCAAGGCCCAUCUGAUGUCCGAGGAGAUCCCAGAGGACUGGAACGCCAACCCGGUCAAGGUCCUCGUCGGCAAGAACUUCGAGCAGGUCGCCCGCGACAACACCAAGAACGUCCUCGUCGAGUUCUACGCCCCGUGGUGCGGACACUGCAAGCAGCUCGUGCCCACCUGGGACAAGCUCGGAGAGAAGUACGCCAACCACGACAACAUCGUCAUUGCCAAGAUGGACGCCACCCUCAAUGAGGUCGAGGACGUCAAGGUCCAGUCCUUCCCGACCAUCAAGUUCUUCCCCGCCGGCUCCAACAAGGUCAUCGACUACACCGGAGACCGAACCCUCGACGGAUUCUCGAGCUUCCUCGAGUCGGGCGGCAAGUCCGGCGCCGGAGAUGCUGAGGAGGAGGCAGAGGUCGAGGAGGGACACGAGGAGCUG